GAUACGUCGCGUUCGAUCAGAACGCCUGCCUAACUUCAAGCGCGAGGGCAUUUACGACGCCGAGUGAACUCGCACGAGACUAGCCGAGGGUAUCUCGGGCCAGUCGCCAUUUUGUUGGGUAGUCAUCGGGAUCGUCGUGUUACUCUCACCUCGGGAUUCGUCGUCAUUUCGUUCGGACGGACGGUGAAACACCGUGGGACUCGGGGCGCAGCUCUCCUACUACACGCCAUCCCGCAAAUGGCUUGUCUGAACACCCUCAAGCAGGAAAUCAAAACGCUCGAAUCUGUCUUCCCCAAGAGCCAUGAGAGGUUUCAGAUAAUGUCCGCGAGCGUGGACGAACUCAGUUGCAGGUUCGUCGGUAAAAAUGGGAAGAAGUAUGAAAUACACGCCAAUAUCACAGAAACCUAUCCUUCUACGCCACCAGUUUGGUUUGCCGAGUCUGAGGAAACCAGUGUUACGAACGCUGUACAAAUUUUAAGUAACACAACAGGCCGUGACAACCAUGUAAUCAACCAAGUGGGAAUCCUCCUGAAAGAACUAUGCAGACUACAUUCGUUACCAGAACCACCAGACGUCGAAAGACUCAGAACGGCCCUGGAUCCUUUACGUUUAGGAGGACCAAACGAAGCCGUAGCACAGAGAAUGGACGCCGAGGACGUUGACGACUUCGACGAGGACGAAGAGAGCGAGACUGAAGAAGACCUUCACUUGGACAUGGACGAGGGAGAUGCCAACGCUAAGAGUAAGGGUGAAGAAAUGGAUUUGGAACAUCUCGCGACGUUGGAAAGGUUGAGACAGAAUCAGAGACAAGACUAUUUAAAAGGAUCUGUUUGUGGAAGCGUACAAGCCACCGAUAGACUCAUGAAGGAACUACGUGAUAUUUAUCGAAGUGACAGCUUUAAAAAAGGAAUGUAUAGUAUAGAACUAGUAAAUGACAGUUUAUACGAAUGGAAUAUCAGGUUGAUGUGCGUAGAUCCUGAUUCACCACUUCAUAGCGAUCUCAUUCUUCUAAAAGAGAAAGAGGGCAAAGACAGUAUUCUUCUCAACAUGCUUUUUAAGGAAACUUAUCCAUUCGAACCUCCAUUCGUAAGAGUUGUACAUCCCAUCAUUUCCGGUGGGUAUGUUCUUGUGGGAGGCGCGAUUUGUAUGGAACUCCUCACGAAACAAGGAUGGAGUUCGGCGUAUACAGUGGAAGCUGUUAUAAUGCAGAUUUCAGCGACGCUAGUGAAGGGCAAAGCGCGUAUACAAUUCCAAGGAUCAGGUGGUGCUGGCAAAGUGUGCGGUGGACAAGGCCAAUAUAGUUUGGCACGUGCCCAACAGUCAUUCAAGUCUCUUGUACAAAUACAUGAAAAGAAUGGUUGGUUUACGCCCCCUAAGGAGGAUGGCUAAUGAACAGCGGUUACCCAAUCGUACCGAGAAAUAUGACACGUGCUUACAGACGAGACUUUAAUUCGGUGUGUGCCCAACAAGUAAUUGUUAUGAUAAUGAUUUGAUACACAAACACAGCAGUAACUAGGUAACUUAAGAUAUUGAAUUAAUCUAACGUAUAAUUCCUUUGAUGGCUAAAAAAGCUGCCGUGCAGUUUGGUUUCGUAUCUACAGAUUUUUGGUCAUUAGCGGUUAGAUCGCUAAUUGUGUAUUGGUAAAUGUAAGGUAUCAAUCGUUUCAUCUGGAAUUGAUUCUUAUGUUUUGACUGAGAAUCCCCAUUGUUAUGAACGACAUAGUAAUUUUAGUACUUUCCCGAAGAUACAUAUGUGUUGUACGUGCGAAACAGUAUAAAUAUUCUGAAAAAUGCGUUUGCGCAAUCGUGCUUCCUGUCUUUUUAACGGGAGGAGAUUAUAGUUAGCAUUUUUAGAUUAAUAAUACUGGAGAGAUUUUUAAGCGUUUCUUUCAUUAUUUUAUUAUUAUAAGUACCACAUUCUUUGUUUCCUACCAAAAAAAAAAUGGAUGUUUUUUGUGCAAUUCAGUGACAAGAAAAGUGGAUGUCACUUAAUUUUUUGAAACCAUUUUGCAGCCACCGGUAUCUCAUGAGCGAUGUAUUAUGCGAGUGCACAACCAAAGCAUUUCUCAACAAAUUUAAUCGGAAAUAAAAUGACUAAAUAGGAUAUGAGAUAAAAGUGUAGCUUCAUAUCGGGAGGCUCUAGAGAGUACACGAUCAUAGAAGUCACAAAAGUUUUAGCAAACUUUUCAGACUUGCAGUUAAAUGUGUUUCGUAAAGCUAAUUUUCUCUGUAAACAGUAAUCAAGUCAGAUUUUUGACACAAGAAGCAAUAUUUUUUUACAUUCGGCAAAUAGCGUAUUCCGCAACAUUGGUAGACUAGGUGAUAUGUAGAGCCUUGUAAUGCUUGUAUCGUGUACAACGCAGUAAUUAAUAUGCAUGUUCAUCUUUUGCUUAGAAAGUAGGAGCGAGGCAGAUACUAAUGUAUAAGUAUCGUAAAGUCGUGCGCAUUUUAUGUUUUUCUCAGGUAGUAAAACCGUGAAACUUUGAUUUGAGAGAUCGUCGAUUUUUUUCUAUCGCAAGAUUAUUAUUGAGAGAUCGCCUGUAGAGCUUUCUAUAACAUAAUACCAUAUAUCCUGUUGUAACGUUCAAUCGAGUAUAGGAGUUUGAAAGAUGUAUAGAUGUAUAUAAUGCAAGUACUCUUUAGAGUCUUUUUACCAGAAGGCACAAACGCAAUGGAAGCUUGAAGGUUUUGGUUGUGUGUUUCAUCUAAAUUCAUGAUUUGACUCUUUAUUGUUUCCGAUAUGUCGCAGUUUCCUAGUUAUAAAACGAUACGUUGUGCCCAUACAGACGAUCUGUAAUUUUUCUCUCAAUACAAGAUGAGCGAGCUGAAUAUUUUUUGGUGGAAUUAAUUCUUAUGCGCAAAUUUGUUUUCGAAGAGCUAUCGGUUGCCCGCAAAUAGUAAUAAUCAACAGUGACAUAAUUAUUAUUUGCACUAGUAAUCCAAUUACCAUUGUUUACAAUGAUGCAUUUAUCAUGAUACAUUAAUUGACAUCGGUAAUUCGCAACUGACCACAAUGGAGAAAUUUUCUCGAAUGAUGAUCAUUUUAUGCGCACCGCAGUAAUCAGCCAUCAUUCGCGUGACGAGUAAAUGGCCAAACUUUACGUAUAUACGCUUCUAAAGCGAAUUUGUCCAUUAGAAUUAAUAACGGAUAUCAUAACGCUAAUAACACACUUUAGUGACUUUAAUUUUCGCUACCAAAUUAUACGCAAGCUACGCGAGCUGACGAUUUGCUGUUUUCACGCAAAGGAAAAAAGGAAGAAAAAGAAGAAAAUAACUGCAUUAGAUUUGUCCUCGUAUUUUCGUAUUACGGCAUGGAAACUGUAUAAAUUGCAAUAAUUGAUUCCUAAUUGCUUUAAUACUCUCCAAAUUUAUAUCGCACUUACUGAGCAUCUAUGCAUCUAUUUGUUUCGUACAUACAUGCAUACAUACACGACACACAUUGCCCCUUGAUCGCGCGUACGCGCGCGCACGCACAUACAUACAUACGUACAUACACAUAAAAUACAUGCAUAUAUACAUACACAUAUUCUGUUCCUCGUGCUUCAUCUUCCUACGUGAUUACAAAUGUAGUUUUCGCUACUGCACAUUUCCAACUGGGAAGAAUUUUCGUUAUUUCCCGUAAGCACAUCACAACUGCAUCUCUUUUCAUUUUCUUGUAAAUAUUAUAUCAAUAUUGCAACAAUAGCUGAGAUCGAACGGUUGUAUUUGAGUGACUCUCGUUUCAAGUAUCGUUCUUUUUAUACAUAUCUGUGAAUCAUUAUCGCGUUUGCUCUCGUUAGCGAGAUAAAGGAAAAAGCAUACCCUACUAAUAUCGUAUGGAGAUGGAGCAAGUACAUGUGUUAUUUGACGAGAUAACAUAUGUACACUGUGUAUUGGUACACAUGAUUAUUGGUAUAACUGAAUCGAGUAGCGUGGAUCAUUAGUUUCGUUCGCGGUACCGUUAAACUCGUUCUGUGAGGAAAUCGUAUGAGCAGUAUCGUCAUAUAAAUAAUAGAUUCUUAAGUAUAGAUGUGCGAUCAUCGAGCUCGUUGUCAGUGGGUAUCACGAUUUGUACAGCCGCGCCCGUUUGACACUGAGUAACUGGUUGUUCGACGUUCGUUAUAAACGUUAUGUUCUUCUUUGCCAAAA